AUGGCGCCUUCCUCCCUCAAAAUUGAGAACCCUGCGCUCCCUAUUGACAGCAUUGUUGCUGUCUCGGGAGCCAAUGGCUUUAUUGCUGGCCACAUUGUCGACCAGCUCCUAGCCGCGGGUUACCGCGUUCGUGGUACUGUCCGCGAUGCUUCUCGUACCGGCUGGCUCCAGUCCCACUUUGAUGACGCCUACGGGUCGGGACGCUUCAGCCUUGUUGCCGUCCCUGACAUCACCGCCGAUGGGGCUUUUGACGAGGCACUUGAGGGUGUCCAUGGGGUGGUUCACACCCUUGCCAUCACCAACCUGGACCCGAACCCGGAUAACGUUGUCCCCGUCAAUGUCUCCGCAACGCUGAACAUUGCCAAAUCCGCUGCCAAGUCGUCGUCUGUCACUCGCUUUGCGUACACGUCUUCAUCCGGUGCGGCGGCGAUCCCCAAGCCUGGAGAAGAGUACGUGGUAAACAAGGACACUUAUAACGAGGAGGCCGUGGCCAUUUCAUACUCGGGGAAGGGUCCCAAGGGAAUGGCCGGAGGGUACCUGGCUUAUUCUGCAGCCAAGACGAAGGCAGAACAGGCACUGUGGAAGUGGUACAAAGAGGAGAAGCCCAGUUUUGUACUAAACUCAAUUAUCCCCAACGUUGCUGUUGGCAAGGUGCUCAAGCCUGAACAUCAGGGCUUCCCCACCACAGUUGGGCUUCUUCAACCCAUCUGGGAAGGCCAUCUGGCUAUGGAGAUGGUCUACAUGUUCCCCGCUCAGUGGUUCACGGAUGUGGAGGAUAUUGCGCGAAUGCACCUCGCCUCUCUCCUCUUCCCUGACGUCAAUGGCGAAAGGCUGGUCUCAUAUGGAGGCCGUUUCAACCUCAACGACGUUCUGGCUGCAUUCCGCAGAGUAGACCCGAGGAGAGUCUUGCCAGAUGAUAUCCCUAACCUCCCUAAGGAUGUGGGCAAGAUUGACAAUGAGAGAGCAACCGAGUUGCUUCGUCGGCUCGGCAGACCGGGCUGGGUGACCUUGGAUGAGAGCUUGAAGCCGUUGACAGAGCAAUAUGUUAACGCUAAGAAAUGA